AUGGACGCCGCCACAACCACCAGGAAGCAGGUGGUACUAUACCCGGCGCCUGGCCUGGGCCACCUGGUCUCCAUGGCCGAGCUUGGCAAAAUCCUGGCUGCUCGUGGCCUCGCCGUCACCGUCAUCAUCAUCAAGCCACCGUAUGACACGGGCGCCAUCGGGCCUUUCCUGGCCGGCGUCACCGCGGCCAACCCCUCCAUCUCCUUCCACUGCCUCCCGCCGGUGGAGCUCCCGCUUGUCGACUCCGUCCACCUUGAGGUGGUGACCUUCGAGGCCGCCCGCACCUCUAAUCCGCAGCUCCGUGACUUCCUGGCCGGCGCCUCCCCGGCCAUCCUGGUGGUGGACUUCUUCUGCAGUGUCACCGUGGAUGUCGCCACGGAGCUCGACAUCCCUGCCUACUACUUCUUCACAUGCUGCACUGAGACUCUGGCCAUUUUCUUGUACCUCCCGGUGCUGCACGCUCAGAGCACCGCCAGCUUUCGAGACAUGGGUGACGAGCUCGUGCACGUGACAGGAAUCCCCUCGUUUCCGGCAACGCACUGCUUCAAGCCACUCAUGGAUCGUGACGACGCGACAUACAGAGCUUUCCUAAGGGUCUCCUCCUACCUCUGUUGCUCCCAGGGCAUCAUCGUCAACACCUUCCGCUCGCUGGAGCAGCGCGCCGUGGACGCCAUCAGUGCCGGCCUCUGCACACCACCCGACCUCCCGACGCCCCCUGUCUACUGCAUCGGGCCGCUGAUCAAGUCGGAGGAGGUGGGUGUGAAGCACGGCCAAGAGUGCCUGGCAUGGCUAGACACACAGCCCAAGGCCAUCUUGGUGUUCCUCUGCUUCGGCAGCCGCAGCCUAUUCAACGCAAAUCAAACCAGAGAGCUGGCCAUUGGUCUGGAGGCGAGUGGCAAAAGGUUCUUGUGGGUUGUGCGGAGCCCGCCCAGGGACAUUGACGACCCGGCGAAGAAGCUGGACAAGUUGCUGGAGCCGGACCUCGAGGCUCUCCUCCUAGAGGGCUUCCUGGAGCGGACCAAGGGCACGGGUCUCGUCGUCAAGUCAUGGGCGCCGCAGUGUUACGUGCUGGCGCAUGAUGCAGUAGGUGCCUUUGUGAUGCACUAUGGGUGGAACUCCGUGCUAGAGACGCUCAUGGCCGGCGUGCCCAUGCUGGCCUGGCCACUCUACGCGGAGCAACGGGUUAACAGAGUGUUCCUGGAGAAAGAAUUGGGUCUGGCCGUGGCGGUGGAAGGGUACGAAAAGGAGGCGGUCCAGGCCAAUGAAGUGGCGUCCAAGGUGAGGUGGAUGAUAGAGUCUGACGGCGGCAGGGUGCUCCGGGAGCGGACCUUGGCGGCCAUGCGGCUGGGCAAGGAGGCGCUGCUCCCGGGCGGGGAGUCGGUUGUGACCUUAACACAACUGGUGGAGAGCUAG